GAAUGCCUGAUUAAGCCGAACACUAAGGAAAAGUCAGCAUUCAGGGUCCCUUUAAAUACUCAUCAAGCAACACAAAAUGGAAACCAUUGGCGAGAUCAUCCCAUUUGCUAAGGAGAUGCUGAACCAGAGGCCAAGCCGGGGCAUGGUGAAGAUCUACAUGCUCGGCACCACCCUGGCCCUGUUUGGAGUGGUUGGUGGACUGGUGGAGACGGUUUGCCUGCCGUUUGUGGACCAGGAGACGGGAGAUUGUGAAGUCGAGCUGAUCAUGAAGGAGAAAAAGGAAAAGAAACAGAUGGUGAAGACACAGACUACCCUAGUUAGCCCUGAGGUUGAGGAGGUGCUGGAGAGCACGGAGAUCGGAGCCAAAGCCAAGCAUCUGGUGGUCGCCGGGCAGAGGAACACAGCCAACCGCUUACAUGCCUCUUAAAGAAGCUCUCCUCAAUACAACUGGAGUCACUACAUCCAAUGCUAUGUUGACAGCUUUCCAGAUUUGGAAAAGAUGGAAAAUUAAAUCACCAUGGCACAAAACUGUU